AUGCGCAACCGCGACUCGACGGCCCGACCGACCGACAACGACAAGGGGAAUAGCAAGGCAAAAGGCAUCGACGGCAAAGGACGGCUUCGACCGACUCAAAAUCAUGGACAACAGCUUCUCGACGGCAUUGGUGGCUGCGUCCACCUCCAAAUCGGACUCGGCUACAAAAGUGCGGACGGGCCACGGAUUGAGAAGGGAAGGGAGGACGUGCUCUUCGGAUUCGUGGUCCAGGUAGCCUUUGCAGCGGCAGACGAGGCGGAGACGGGAGUCAAGGUCCAUAUCAAGUCCAGACUCGUAACCGUUGAGGGCCCCAGAGGAAAGCUCACCAAGAACCUGAGCCACGUCGCCGUCAACUUCUCCCUGCCGAAGAAGAACGUCAUCCAGAUCGAGAUCCACCACGGCAACCGCAAGAAUGUCGCUACCCUGCGCACCGUCCGGACGCUGAUCAACAACCUGAUCAUUGGCGUCACCAAGGGCUACAAGUACAAGAUGCGCUACGUGUACGCCCAUUUCCCCAUCAACGUCAACGUGGACAAGAACAGCGAGACGGGCCUGUUCGAGGUCGAGAUCCGCAACUUCAUCGGCGAGAAGAUUGUGCGGCGGGUGGUGAUGCAGGCGGGCGUCGAUGUCGAGAUCUCCAAGGCGCAGAAGGACGAGCUGAUCCUGACGGGCAACUCCCUCGAGGCGGUCUCCCAGAGCGCAGCAGACAUCCAGCAGAUCUGCAAGGUCCGGAACAAGGACAUCCGGAAGUUCCUGGACGGUCUGUACGUCUCGGAGAAGGGCAACAUUGAGGAGGAGGCGUAA